UUUUCUGAUAAGCUUCCGUUUCGCUGAAGAGUCGCCAAGCAUCUGCCUUCUGUACAUAAAAAUACUCGUUUUUAUUUUUAUUCAGCUGGUGUCGUCGACCAGACAAUCAUGUCUAGUCACGAAGCCGUCAACAUGAAGCUGCCGCCGAUCCAGUCCACGGCUGGGGCCGUCCCGGUCCGGAAUGAGAAAGGUGAGCUCUCCAUGGAGAAGGUCAAGGUGAAGAGGUAUGUGUCAGGUAAACGUCCUGACUAUGCACCAAUGGAGUCAUCAGAUGAAGAAGAAGAGGAUUUCCAGUUUCCAAAGAAAGGAAAAGAAAUGGAGCAAGAGGUGGAGCUGGAGGAAGAAGAUGUAUCUGACCCACGUUUAAAGCGUUUGCUCAACCGUGUGUCUGAGGAUGUGGAGGAGAGACUUGCAAGACACAGACAAAUUGUAGAACCUGAAGUUGUUGCUGAGAGCAGCGAGGACUCCGAUGAAGGCACAUGGCACCCAGAGCGUGAAGAGAGUAGUGAAGAAGAGGAGGAGGAAGAGGAAGAAGUAGACGAUGAGGAAAUUGAGAGAAGACGAUCAAUGAUGCGACAGCGUGCAGUAGAACGAAAAAAUGAGGAGAUGGAGGUCAUGGAGGUGGAGGAGGAAGGGAAGUCAGGGGCGGAGUCAGAGUCCGAGUCGGAAUAUGAAGAGUACACAGACAGUGAGGAUGAAGCAGAGCCACGACUCAAGCCGGUCUUCAUUCGCAAAAAAGACAGAAUCACCGUGGCAGAGCGUGAAGCAGAGGAGCUGAAGCAAAGAGAGCUGGAGGCUGAGGCCAAGAAGCAAGCUGAAGAGCGACGACGCUACACACUCAAGAUCGUGGAGGAGGAGGCUAAGAAGGAGUUUGAGGAGAACAGGCGUUCACAGGCUGCACUGGAUGCUCUGGACACGGAUGGAGAGAACGAGGAGGAAGAAUAUGAAGCCUGGAAAGUGCGAGAGCUGAAACGCAUCAAGAGAGACAGAGAGGCCAGAGAAGCCAUGGAGAAGGAGAAGAGUGAAAUUGAGAGAUUCCACAACUUGACAGAGGAGGAGCGUAGGGCUGAGUUGCGCAAUAGUGGCAAACUUAUCACCAACAAAGCCUCCAAAGGCAAAUACAAGUUCCUCCAGAAGUACUACCACAGAGGAGCCUUCUUCAUGGACGAAGAGGAUGAUGUUUACAAGAGAGAUUUCAGUGCACCUACUCUGGAGGAUCACUUCAACAAAACCAUCUUGCCCAAAGUCAUGCAGGUGAAAAACUUUGGUAGGUCUGGUCGCACCAAAUACACUCACCUGGUGGACCAGGACACCACAUCGUUUGAUUCAGCCUGGGCCCAGGAGAGUGCUCAGAACAGCAAGUUCUUUAAGCAGAAGGCGGCAGGAGUGAGGGAUGUGUUUGACCGGCCCACAGUGAAGAAGCGGAAGACAUAAGAAUGUGAAACUGAUUUCAUCGGGCCAAUGCUGCAGCUUUAGAGACUAUUGAAACUUAGCUGCACCCUCCUGAUUUCAAGGAUGUAGCGUCUCUUCCUGCACAUCUACCUAAAAGGUGCACAAACGUUCAGCUAGUUUUAGGAUGUGUAAAUUAACUUGAUAUAUGUAAUUCAGGUUUUUGAGCCACAUCACCCCAGUCUUGUUGAGUUUGAGACAAACACCAUUUGUAAAUAUAAAAUGUUGCAGAUUUGUGUUGAUUUUCUUCUUAAUAUCUACUUUUGUGAAAGUACAGGUAUUGUCACUUGAUUUGUUUGCAAAUAAAAUCUGUAUUUUCAUUUUUA